AUGAUAGAGUGUUUUGAUGAAAUCACAGAAAUCGAAUCUAGCCUAUUUUAUCCCUCUGAUAAAAAAGAUUUUAUAGAUUCUGAUGGCAGUAGGGUGAUAUUCAUUGAUUUAUUAAGUCUAUCAAGCCAGGAAGAAGAUGUGAGACUCACAUAGGUACCGAGUAUAGAAAAAGUCCCUUUAGAAUUUGAUGAGGAGUCACUUACUACCCAUUUUAUAGCGAAAAAGGCGGAUAAGAAAAAAAAAUUUUAAAAAAAUAUAUAUGUUUUAUUUGCAGUUAAAUUAGAAUGAGUUAAAGAAUUUAGUCGAUCUUCAUAUUGCAGUGAUAUCACAUUAAAUCCGCAGAUUUAUGAUAUUUUAUGAGACUAUGAUGCUGGAAAAACUAAGAUUGAGCAACCAAAUUCAAGAGACACAAAAAUUAUUAUUCCAAGGGCACUUUUGACCCGAACAGUAAAAAGGGAAAUCGGGACAUUGACGUAUAGAGAACGGCAAGAAAAAAUAAAAAAAUACAUUGAAAAAAGACGUAAAAGGUCAUGAAAUAAAAAAAUUGCUUAUGACUGCAGAAAAAAGGUAGCCGAUAAUAGGCUCAGGGUAAAGGGAAGAUUUGUGGCAAAAGAUAAAGCGAGUGGUUAUUUACAUUUUGAGAACAGUCUUUUUAAAAAAUAA